CUCCACUCGGACCUUCCAUGAAGAACAUACCAUACCCAUUUCUGCCUCUGCAAGACUGCAAUUGAUAUUACAGGAUUCAGUGCACUCUCUACAGGUUUAAGUUGUGAAGCUAGGCGAGUCUGUUGCAAUGGUGAACUCCAACGGAAUUGCCAUUGAACUUAGUGUCAAGCAAGGAGAACCAACCCUUGUUCCUCCUGCGGAGGAGACAAAGAGGGGACUGUACUUCCUUUCAAAUCUAGACCAGAACAUUGCAGUGAUUGUUCGAACCGUUUACUGUUUCAAGUCAGAUGGGAAGGGAAAUAAGCAAGCUGGAGAGAUCAUCAGGGAAGCCUUGGCAAAGGUUCUUGUUCAUUACUAUCCACUUGCUGGAAGGCUCACGUUCAGCUCAGAGGGAAAGCUUAUUGUGGAUUGCACAGGGGAUGGUGCUGUUUUAGUUGAGGCUGAGGCAAAUUGUACACUGGGAGAAAUUGGAGACAUCACAAAACCUGAUCCAGUGACCCUUGGUAAGCUGGUUUAUGACAUCCCUGGAGCAAAGAACAUACUAGAGAUGCCUCCUCUGGUGGCUCAGGUAACAAAGUUCAAGUGUGGAGGAUUUGUUCUUGGUCUAUGCAUGAACCACUGUAUGUUUGACGGACUCGGUGCUAUGGAGUUUGUGAAUUCAUGGGGUGAAACUGCCAGAGGGCUGCCGCUAACAGUUCCACCAGUUCUAGACAGAAGCAUACUGAAAGCCCGAUGUCCACCAAAGAUGGCAUUCUCCCACGACGAAUUCUCAGAGAUAAAUGAUGUAUCCAACACUGCAGAGCUCUACCAAGAAGAAAUGUUGUACAGGUCGUUCUGUUUUGAUCCUGAUAAGCUUGAGCAACUGAAGUUGAAAGCUAUGAAGGAUGGGGUUCUUGAGAAGUGUACUACAUUUGAAGUCCUCUCUGCAUUUGUGUGGCGGGCUCGAACUAAAUCUCUAAGGUUACAACCGGAUCAACAGACAAAGCUCCUCUUUGCUGUUGAUGGACGGUCUAAAUUCAAUCCUCCACUGCCAAAAGGCUACUUUGGAAACGGGAUUGUAUUAACAAAUUCUCUAUGCAGUGCAGGUCAGCUGCUAGAGAACCCUCUUUCAUUUACGGUUGAGCUAGUUCAGAAGGCUGUUAAGAUGGUUACUGAUGGGUACAUGAGAUCAGCCAUAGACUAUUUUGAAGUAACAAGAGCUAGGCCUUCUCUGGCUGCAACACUUCUGAUCACUACCUGGUCUAGGUUAUCUUUCCACAUUACAGAUUUUGGGUGGGGCGAACCUCUUCUAUCUGGGCCCGUUUCUCUUCCUGAGAAGGAGGUGAUCUUGUUCCUGUCUCAUGGGAAGGAGAGGAAAAGCAUAAAUGUUCUUUUGGGUUUGCCAGCUUCUGCCAUGAAGGUCUUUGAAGAACUUAUGCAAAUAUAGAAACAAAAAUUGAGUUUGCACUCACAGCAUUAUUAUAUUGCUUGACAAUUCUUUCUGGGUUUUCUGUAUUGCAAGAGGGAAAAAAAAAACAAAUUGUGUUAGAUUAAAUGUUCUGGGCAGAACAAAGGAGAAUUACCAAGGCUCAAAUGCACUACUUCAUGCGCCAGUUAUGUUAAAACAGAAUUAUCAGAAGGUUUUCCAGAGAAGUUCAAGUCAGGAUCAGGCAAAUUGAGCUGAACUUCACCAAGGGAAUUAAUCAGACAAAAGAAAAGCUGCCCAAGUUCAAAUCAAAUCCAGGUUUCCUUUUUCUUGUUUUAUCUCUCUUGGUGAUAGCUUAACAAAAGGUCUAUUGGGUCCUGUUUAGAUCUUAUUGUGUGAUUUAAUUUCUAUUGUCUAGGCAAGCUUAAUUAUGAUGUAUAGAAAUUUGAAAACCCGGUAUUUUCAGACCUAUAUAUAUUGUAUAUUGUUCCAUUCCAUCUACAUUGCUACUAUUUGGUAGAAGAUGUCAAGUUUUAAUUAACUUCAAUGUGCAUCUUCCAAGUUCCAAUUAA